AUGACGGUGGCGACGCCGUUCGGAAUGCUCAGCGAGGUAAUUUUUAAGUAUUUUUAAAACAAUUUAGGAUGUAGGCCGCUUCUAUAAAUUUGCUCUAACUUUGCUAGAAUGUCAAGAUUUCGGUGUGUCUAGCAGCUCCACAAAGGCGUCAUUUGGCCCCAAAUUUUUUUUGUGAAAACUUGACAUCUAGUACUUGAUUUUUGUAGUUGACACUUUUUUUGUACGAUCACUUCCUGGAGUACUGUAGCUCGCUGAACUUGCCAUAGAAAACCUCACGUGUUUAGCUAGACUCAACUUCUAAGCGCUACAGUACCCCAGGGAGUGGGUGUGCAACAAAAGUGUCAACUAUAAAGUUACAGUACUUGACAUGCUCUUCAUUUUUAAAGUUGACAACUUUUUGUUUCAAUCACUUCCUGAGGUACUGUAGCUCUUCAAAGUUCUAACUAGUUUUGAGGCAUGUUAACUUUUAUGCCAACUUCCCGGACCUACAGUACUCCAGGGAGUGGUCGUACAAAAAAAGUGUCAACUACAAAAAUAACCCACUAGACGUCAAGAUAUCACAAAAACACUUUCUAGACCCAUAGCACGUCUCAAAACUCUACAAUACCCGUUCAAAGUUUGGCCAUUCUAGCGAAAUUCCACAAAUUUGUUUUCAGUUGGACUGUAAACGCGAACAUUUGCGUCUCUCCUUCUGGCUCUUUUUUCUCGCCAUUUCGGUGAUGUUCCUGAUCCGUCACCUCCUGUUCAUGUGGAUUCUCGUCCUCUUCUGCACAAUCAACGCCUACAUCGCGUUGGGCAUCUAUUGGGGCACUCGGCGCACAAUUUGGUGGAGUCACAAGGCUCACGUGAGUUUUUUGGGGGGGCGUUAGUACACGAUUUUUUGAGCAUUUUUUCCAGAUAAUCUGCAUAAUUCUUUUGGGCGCUCUAUGGAUCACCCUGCCCAUUUAUUUGGCCUAUUACGAGUCGAUUAUCGAUUUUUGUAUGGCCCGUCCCGGAUACUGUGGAGUCUAUCAUUUCGGACACGGACAUCGCAAAUGGCUCGUUUAUUUGUACGCCGCUCUCUAUUUUGUCGGCAUCGGAAUGAUGGUUUUCGGUGAGUUUUUGGGAUCCUAGGCCAUUAUUUGGGCUCCUAGGCCGUCAUUUGGGAUCCUAGGUCAUCAUUUGAGAUCCUAGGCCAUUAUUUGGGAUUCUAGGCCAUUAUUUGGGAUUCUAGACCAUUAUUUGGGAUCUUGGGCCAUUAUUUGGGAUUCUAGGCCAUCAUUUUGGAUCCUAGGCCAUUUUUUGGGAUUCUAGGCCAUUAUUUUGGAUCCUAGGCCAUUUUUUGGGAUUCUAGGCCAUUAUUUUGGAUCCUAGGCCAUUAUUUUUGAUCCUAGGCCAUCAUUUGGGAUACUAGGCCAUCAUUUGGGAUCAUAGGCCAGCAAUUUGGGAUCAUAGGCCAGCAAUUUGGGAUAAUGAUACGUGCCGACUGUUGACGUAGGACCGACUUGUCGGAUUCCAGGCCACAGGGCGUUUUUCAUUGAAAAUUUGCCGCUAACAACGUUUUUACCGGAACCUAGGCCACCAAGGGUUAGUUUUUGGGAUUCUAGGCCAUCUCAUUCGACUCGUGUCGGAUCCUAGGCCACCCAAUUCAAGUUUGUCGGAUUCUAGGCCAUCCAACUUCCGCUUUUUCAGCCGAACUGUGCCGCCUACGCAUGACCGCCUACCUGCUGGCCAAAGCGUGUCGCCACGAGGAACGGGCGGCUCACGGGCACGUCACGAUCACGGUCGGAUCGGAGUUGGAAAAUGAGAAGGAUCCGAGGGAGAUCAUUAUUGUCGCCUGA